AUGAGAUACAAAAGUCGUCUAAAGCAGGUAUUAUCAGUAUGUUUAUUGAUCACAAUAGUUCUCAUGCUUUACUAUCACAACAGAUCAAUCGAACCACCAAAAGUGAAACCAAAUCACAAAUUUGAUUUAAUUAGGAACAGAAACAAUUUCAAAAAUCCAAUUUUUGCUCAAUGGACAGUCCCCACUAAAGCGCAAAGGUUUAUCAACCUACCUUUGAAAGAUAAAUGUGAUUUAUAUUUCAAAAGUGCUAAGCAUGCCGAAUUUGAUAUCAAUUUUUGGAAUAGUUUUAAACCUGAUCCUCAUGUAUAUAAACGGAAAAAAUGGAUUAGAGAUAGAACAAGACUGGAAAAGAAAAAAUACAAAAAGACUUCGGAUUGGAAGGAGGAAUAUGAUAGACAAAUUGCUCUUGAGUUUUCAGAAGUUGCCCGAGAGUAUUCUGAUUUGGAAAAGAAGAUGUAUGAUGAAUUGGGACAUAUGAAAGUCUUUGGAAAAUGUUACGCUAGUGAAGUAAAUCCUAGUGACAAUUGCGAAAAGGUGCAGCAGAAGUUGUACCCUUGGUUAACGAAUAAUCUACCUUUGGUUACUACUGCUGAUGGUGAAGUGAAACUGAGUGAGUUUCAAGGCUGUGUUACACAAUCAUUGGUUGCAAAUGAAGGUCAAGGUAUUGUGAUCCCUACACAAUCAAAACAAGUGGAAAAUGUAUGUCGCUUACUCAAUUCAUUGAUUGCUCUCGAGAAUAAAUUACCAAUUGAAAUUGCAUACUUGUCGCUUUCUGAUGGUGAAAAAACAAAGAUUGUAACUGCGGCAAGAAACUCGUCGUCUUUUGCACAACAAAUUUCGUUUGUCGAUUUGAAGCUGACAUUGGAAUUGGACAAAUUUCCAUUUUUGAAAUCAAAAAAAGGUGGGGUAUUCCUUUCCACAUUGAGUUUGAUCUUUAGCACCUUUGGUGAAGUGGUUUUAUUGACAGAAAAUGCAAUUCCUUUAAAUAAUCUCGAAAAAUUAUUUCAUAACCCCAGAUAUAAAGCAAGUGGACGAUUCUUUUUCAGAUCACGCCCUUACCUAGAUCGAGAAAAGUUUACUCCUGGAUUUCAUGAAGUUACUUCCCUAGUUAAACAUCAUCUACAACCCAAUUCUGAUGAGGUUAAAUUUUUUAAUUUGACAAGUCCUGAUUCGUCACUUGCAACAUCGAGGUUCUAUAAGCAUCUGUUUCGAAACAUUAUUGAUACAAGUGCCAUUGUCAUGAAUAAGCUGAAAAGCCUCUCUGGGUUACUUAUAACAAUUAACUUGCAAUUUUACAAUGUCUUAAAACUUAGACUCACUCAUAAUUCCAUGUCUGAUUUGAUUUGGAUAGGACAGGAAGUUUCAGGACAAGAGGUUAUAUUUAACAACAAUUACCCAGUCAUGGCUGGUAUUUACACUCCUGAUCAAAACUUACCACGAGAUGCAAAACACUCGUACGAGAUUUGCUCUUCAUCAAUGGCACAAUUGUCAGAAACUGAUGAUAUUUCACUUCUAUAUAUUACCUCAGAUCAAUUACAAAACUCACUACAGUAUACCAAUUCAAUGAAGUCCGUUUUUGAACAAAAAUAUGUAACAAAGUAUACUGAAAUGGUGGAUAAUUUGUUUGAUCCAAAAGAUCCCAACAAGACAGAAAUGACGCGAGUUAACUACAAUGAAGUUACAAAACUUUCACGUAAUCCAUUACUUAUCGAACACAUUAUUAAACCACCAACAUUGACAAGUAUUGUGUACGUGCACAAUUUUGAGGAGCCAAAUGAAGCCUGGGUUGAACAGUCGAAACUUGUGUCUGAAAGGAUGAAACAUAGUGGUAAGAAAUUUUAUUGUGCUUAUGAUACAGUGGGAAAUCCAAUGGAAGAAGGAGUUCGAGGAUUGACUGUCAAUGUUGAUGACGAACUGUUUGAAAAGUAUAAUAGAAUAACCAAGGCAUGGAUGGGGGGUAGUCAUUCAUGGCAUAUAGCAUAG